AUGUCCGAAUUCAAUGAAACGAAAUUCUCUAGCAAUGGGACUUUUACUGAAAACGAAGAACCAAUUGUAGAGACGAAAGUAAUCUCCGUUUAUACCCCACUCAUAUAUGUCUUCAUUCUGGUAGUGUCCCUUGUUAUGUUCGCUUCAAACUACAGAAAGAAGCAGGCUAAAAAAAUCAGCGAACAGCCAUCCAUAUUUGAUGAAAACGAUGCUCACGACCUGUUUUUCCAAAUAAAGGAAAUGAGCGAAAAUGAGAAAGUUCACGAGAAGGUCUUGAAAGCCGCCUUGUUAAACAGAGGCGCAGAAUCUGUCAGACGAUCAUUAAAGUUAAAAGAGCUGGCCCCUCAGAUUAAUCUCUUAUACAAGAAUGGCUCCAUUGGAGAAGAUUAUUGGAAGAGAUUUGAAACUGAAGUUAAACUAAUAGAAUUGGAAUUUAAAGAUACCUUACAAGAAGCUGAGAGACUACAACCGGGUUGGGCUCAAUUGUUUGUCAUGGUCUGUAAAGAAAUUUGCUUUAACCAGGCCCUAUCUAGGCGUUACCGAUCAAUUUUGAAACGUAAAGAAGUAUGUAUUGAAGAAUGGGAAUUGAAAAUUAACGAUGAUGGAAGAUUAGUCGAAUAG